UUCACCAAUGCAUUCUGAACCAAAAUAUUAUCACUCAUCGAUGUUCUAAUCACAUGUCCAUGGAUCUCUUUCCCCAGAUUCAAAGCUGGAAGCUCCGCACAAAUGGAUAGUAUACAACAAAUCGUCACUGAAUUAGACAAAACUUUUGAAAAUUGCAUCCUCCGGAAAUAUUCAAGCGAAUCAUCUCCUCUUCCUUGCACGUUACACCCCUUGAUAACAGAAGUCCAAGUAACCACAUUAGCCUUAACGUUACAAAAGCCAUUCAUCUCCUCCAACUCAUUAAACAACGAAACCGCCUCGUCGAGUUUACCAGCAUCAACAAACGAUGUGAUCAAAGCAUUCCAACUCUCAAUACCUUUAUUCCUUAUCUCCCUAAACAACUCCUCAGCUUCUUUAACCCUCCCUUGCUUCCCAUACACAUACGUCAACGCGUUCUUCGAAGGCAAAAACCCUUCAAACCCACCUUUAACAACAAACCCAUGAACCUUCUCAGCAGCACCAAACGCUCCCAACUCAGCACACACGGAGAACAAAACAGCAAGAGCCUCGCCACUAACUACAUUCCCCCUCAUCCUCAUAACCUCAAAAUACUUAACAACAUCUUCAAACUUCCCACAUUGAGAAUGACACGACAAAACCGAAGUCCAAGUCACUUCAUCCGGCACAAACUCCUCACGUUGCAUCCACUCAAAAACCCUAACAGCGCUCCCACAGUCAUACCCUUGAGAAAAGCCUGAGAUCAUAACGUUCCACGAUAUUCGGUUUCUCACAGGCAUUUCAACGAACAACUUAUAUGCAUCUCCC